UGGGAGUGUAUUGCUGGAGCUAGAAAGAACUGUGAUUCCCAGCUAGUCAGAAGAUGGUAUUAUUUUACCAAGGAUCUGUCUCUGGUAUAUGGAUUUAGAAAGACAUAAAACAGAAAUCCCCUUAAACAAGACUUAAAGAAAGAAGAUUAUGGUACUCAACAAAAGUUCUGAGAAGAGAGAAGUUUGGGCUGAUGGAAGCAAACAUGCCGACUCACUAACAAUUCAAAGGAAACAGAUUUCAUCAAUUGCACCUGGAACACAGCCUCUGAAUUUUACCUUUAUUCCAACCCUUGGAACACUUCCCUCCCAAGUACUCGUUGGAAAGGACCAUAAUUACAAGACAAAAGUUGUCAGCUGUAGAAAAGAGGAAAUGUCAGCAAAGCCUGAAGGAGCUUCUGUAACAGAGAAAAACAAAAAUACAACCAGCUGCAUUAUCCCAGCUUCUUAUGACAGAUCCAGUGCUGAAGAACUUUUUCCAGGACAAGAGGUAUCCGCAAGUCAUACACAAGAUCUGCAGCGAAAUGAUCUAUUCAUAGCAGAAUUUGUCCUUGUUAUGGACUCUGAUGAAGGUGAAGACGAAGUAAUGAAUAAAACCAAUAAAGCCUUGAUUUUUGAAGAAGAAAGUUAUAAAACUAGUGGAGCACAACUGCAAGUUGUAGAAAAGCCUAUAGCAUCUCUGUCUGAAGUAACUGUUAAUGAGAUAUGCAUCCCUGAAGCACAACCAAAUGAGUUAUCACAAGAUGUAAACUGCGAAGAAAAAGAUCUGGAGCAUUACUCUACUGUACCUUCUGCUGGCUCUGUUGCAUAUAAACCUCAGCUUGCAAACUUAUAUUCAACUAAUCAAAGAUUAUAUCAUAAAAAGCCACACAUACACUGUAUUUGUGAAAACCAAGAGUUUCGGUUUAGCUCUGCUCCAUACAGUAUUUGUGAUGAGCAGAAACCUACUUCUAAUAAACCUGUUUCAUCUGAUUUAUCUAAAUUAAGUACUACUCCAGUAAAUAUACAGCAUACAUUAAUACAUGAGACAGAUAAAACCUCAGUGAAAGUUUCACAAUUUCCAAAUGAACUAGAAAUGCAAGAUACAGCUGUUAUAAAUUCUUCUACUACUUCUUGUGAAAUGAGGCACACUCCCUCCCCUUUCCAGCUAAAUGUCAUUAGAUAUCCUCUUUGUGCUAGCCCUAGUCCGCUUCAUUCACCAUUUCAUGGCUCAUCUUCAACAAUAUGUAGUAUGGGUGAAUCUGGCAAUCCCAUCUCUCCUGCUUCCAGUUGUGAAGCAAUUUCUCCAGUUUCAUCACGUCUUUCUUUUUUAACAUCUGUACUGAGAUCCAAAAACACAAGCUAUGGAAGACCCCAUUCUCUUAAUUUGAGCCAACUGAAUCUAACUUCUCAGAAGCCUGUGGUGCCCACAACAAUUACUAGAAAGUCAGUUUCCUGUUUCUCUCUUGGUAGCCAACAAGAACCCAAAAAGAAAGACAUUCAUGGACAAACUAAAGCAAUACCCUCUGUUUCAGAAUCAAAUAUGUUAAAACCUGAAUCUUCUUUUCAUCAAACGUCCAUUAGGACUCUUUCGCCUGAUUCUGAAUAUUAUGCAAAUGUUCUUAACUCUUCCAGAACACAAACAUCCCCAAUUCCACCUUACUACUUCAAAGAAAAUAUUCCACCAACUAACGUGAAACCCCCUUUAAAUAAACCCUUUAAAAAGUAUCCUCUUCCUGCAAAAUAUAGAAAAAUUGCAUCAAUCCCAUCUAGUUUACCUUUAAAUUUGUCUCAUUCUAGCCCCCAUCUUGCCAGUCAGAAACGAGCAACGUCUCCACAUUUACAGCAUUCAGCUGGUGACGAUAGACCAGCACACUAUACACAAAGCAAAUUUUCAAGUGUAAAGUCCUCAGAUAGACACUAUCCACAACAUUCUGUGCCUUUCUCUUCAAACACAGAAUUACAGAACAUUUCUCAACUGAAUGCCAGAAGUAUUCAGAUAUCCCCAAAUGAAAACAAAUAUAUAGUCCCAACCAUUUCUUUAUCACUGCAUCCAAAUGAGAAGCCUCAGCCCAACACAUUUGGCCUUGGAGAAUUAUCAAGAGAAUAUGAGCCAAUAACUACAUCCCUCGACAGAAGCCUGUCAUCUCCAAGGUCAUCAUUGUCGAGAUCAAGUGAAUUGCUAUCAUUAUCACAGUGUUCUGACCAUGAAAACAAAAAGUUAUAUAGGAUCAAGCCAAAUUAUAAAGUUUUUGCUGCAAUUCCUACAAAUAAAUUGCUUCUGGAUCAAAAGGCGCUUGAUGAACCUGAAACGAAUGAAGAAAAUCCUCAGUUUGACGAAACAACAGAAACACGUUCUGAGGUCUAUUCUCCGGCUCUGCUUAGGCAACAGACAGAAGAAGUUUGUGCUGUGAUUGAUGAAGUAUUACAUGAUCCUCUUCCCUUGCACUGUGACUCAUCAAGGUCUACCAAAGCAAGAUGGGAUUCUAAGCGUUUCAACGAAAGUUCUCAGAUGCCAAAGUCUUCAUCAGGAUCCGCUGGAAGAGAGACUAAAUACGCUUUCCUUCAGUCACGUAAGAAUGCAGUGAUUGACUGUCAAGAAACCAAGCCUGGGGUGAUCAGACCUCUUGCAUCAAAAGUGACUUAUACUGAGAAGAAAGAUGAUGAUUGUAGCUCUAACCCAUUCUCACAUUUCACUUCCUCGAGAACAGAUUUUGAUGAUGCAAGAAGCAAGAAGAGGACACACCAACAUACAGAUUUAUAGCUUCCCCUAUAGAUUUGUCUCCAUUAAGCAUAUUUUCUGAUUACAAGAAAUAAAAUGUACUGAGGAUGUUUAUUCUAACUUA